AUGCUGCGCUGCCGUGCCGUCCUGCUCCUCCCACUCCCACUCCCUCCGCCGCCUCGCUUGCUUCGCCGCCUGCCGCACCCGCGCGCCCUCUCGUCCUCGUCGUCUUCCCCGCUCCCACCGCCGGGGAUGGAGGCUUCCUACAAGUUCGGGCCCUACAAGAUCGACGCCAGGGAGGUCUUCCACGCCACGCCCCUCUCCUACGCCAUGGUGAAUCUCCGCCCGCUGCUCCCGGGUGGGUAA